CCCAGGGAAGGGGCGGAGUCUCCACCAUCACUGCCGGUGUCCAGGAGCGGGAGGAUCCACCGCGCGAGACCGAGGGAGCCAGCGAGCCGUGAACUGUCCGCGCGACCCAGGGACCUACCGUGCGAGAGUUGGACGGAUCCCGGUCAGUCCCUCUCCCUGGCACUACGCACUGAUCAUUGGAGUCCUCUUUCCUGUGCUUGUCACUACCCUGUGCCACUUGAUUUCUUAAUAUGGCUUCCUCGCCAGGCAGCGAAGGAGAAAUUGAAGUAAUGCUGAACAGCAGCCUCCACCAAGAUGAUGAUGAUCUGGAUGAUGAUCUCUCAGAGGUGGAAACUCCCAAAAUAAAGAAAAAGAAGAAACCCAAAAAAACAAAAGAAUCUAAGACCCCCAAAGGAAAGAGACAAAAAAAGGAAGUGGAUGAUAGCUCAGGGGAAGCCAAUGAUUUUGGUGAAGAUGAUGGAGGACCUGUUCGUUCAGAUAGUGAAGGCAGUGAUUACACCCCUGGCAAGAAGAAGAAGAAGAAGCUGGGACAGAAGAAGGAAAAGAAAACCAAGGUGAAGCGAGAGGAAGAAGAUGAUGAGGAUGACGACUCCAAGGAACCCAAAUCUUCUGGUCAGCUUCUAGAAGAUUGGGGUAUGGAAGAUAUCGACCAUGUGUUCACGGAGGACGAUUAUCGUACACUGACCAACUACAAGGCUUUCAGUCAGUUUGUCAGACCUCUCAUUGCAGCCAAGAAUCCAAAGAUUGCAGUCUCCAAGAUGAUGAUGGUCUUAGGAGCUAAAUGGAGAGAAUUCAGUACCAAUAACCCCCUGAAGGGCAUCUCAGGAGCUUCUGUGGCAGCAGCUGCGGCUGCAGCUGUGGCGGUAGUAGAAAGUAUGGUGGCAACGAAUGAAGUAGUUGCACCCCCCCCUCCACCACCUCCUGAAGUUCCCCUUCGUAAAGCAAAGACUAAGGAAGGCAAAGGGCCCAAUGCCAGGAAAAAACCAAAGACUGUCAAACCAGCAGAAGUGAAGAAACCAAAAGCCAAGAAAGUGGCUCCACUAAAAAUUAAGCUCGGUGGUUUUGGUUCAAAACGCAAACGUUCUUCGAGUGAAGAGGAUGAUCUUGAAGUGGAGUCUGAUUAUGAUGAAGGCAGCAUGAACAGCCUGUCUGUAUCUGAUGGGUCCACCAGUAAAAGCAGCCGUAGCCGAAAGAGACUAAGAGCCAGCAAGAAGAAGAAGAAAGGUGAGGAGGAAACACAAGGAGGAGGCGGGGAUGGAUAUGAAACAGAUCAUCAAGACUACUGUGAGGUGUGCCAACAGGGUGGAGAGAUCAUCUUAUGUGAUACCUGCCCUCGUGCUUAUCAUAUGGUUUGUCUGGAUCCUGACAUGGACAAGGCUCCAGAGGGCAAAUGGAGUUGCCCACACUGUGAGAAAGAGGGAGUUCAAUGGGAAGCAAAGGAGGAUAAUUCAGAAUGUGAUGAAGAUUUGGAUGAUGGUGGAGGAGAUCCAGAGGAGGAAGAUCACCACAUGGAGUUCUGUCGUGUUUGUAAGGAUGGUGGGGAGCUGCUUUGUUGUGACACCUGCCCCUCCUCCUACCACAUCCAUUGUCUCAACCCACCUUUGCCAGAGAUACCCAAUGGAGAAUGGCUGUGCCCGCGUUGCACUUGUCCUUCUUUGAAGGGUAAAAUCCAAAAAAUAUUGAUUUGGAAAUGGGGGCAACCUCCUCCCCCUACUCCUGUUCCACGACCAGCUAGUUUGGAUCCUGAUACUCCUUCCCCAAAACCUUUAGAGGGUCGUCAAGAGCGAGAAUUCUUUGUCAAAUGGCAAGGAAUGUCCUAUCUACACUGUUCCUGGGUGACAGAACUCCAGCUUGAGCUGCACUGCCAGGUUAUGUUUCGUAACUACCAGAGGAAGAAUGAUAUGGAUGAGCCACCCGCUGGUGAUUAUGGUGUAGAUGAAGAAGAAAAGAGCCGUAAAAGGAAAAACAAAGAUCCUAAAUAUCUGGAGAUGGAAGAAAAAUUUUAUCGUUAUGGAAUCAAGCCAGAGUGGAUGAUGAUUCACCGUGUAUUAAAUCAUAGUAUUGAUAAGAAGGGUAAUGUUCAUUAUCUGAUCAAGUGGAGGGACCUGGCAUAUGACCAGGCAUCCUGGGAGCUAGAAGAUGCUGAUGUUCAGGAUUUUGAUAUGUACAAACAAGGCUACUGGAAUCACAGAGAGCUAAUGUGUGGGGAUGAAGGACGUCCUGGAAAGAAGAUAAAGAAAAUGAAACAUCGCAAACUGGAACGUCCCCCUGACACACCUACUGUUGAUCCCACAGUGAAGUAUGAUCGUCAGCCAGAGUACUUGGACAUUACAGGAGGCACUCUUCACCCUUAUCAGCUGGAAGGUCUCAAUUGGCUGCGCUUCUCUUGGGCACAAGGCACAGAUACUAUCCUGGCUGAUGAGAUGGGUUUAGGCAAAACUGUUCAGACCGCAGUGUUUCUGUAUUCCUUAUAUAAAGAGGGUCAUUCAAAGGGUCCAUUCCUGGUUAGUGCUCCACUCUCCACAAUUAUUAAUUGGGAGCGUGAAUUUGAAAUGUGGGCCCCCGAUAUGUACGUGGUCACAUACGUUGGUGACAAAGACAGCCGUGCAGUCAUCAGAGAAAAUGAGUUCUCAUUUGAAGACAACGCCAUCCGGGGUGGAAAGAAAGCUUCUCGUAUGAAGAAAGAAGCAUCUGUGAAGUUCCAUGUCCUCCUUACAUCGUACGAAUUGAUCACCAUUGACAUGGCUGUACUUGGAUCUAUAGACUGGGCCUGCCUGGUGGUUGAUGAAGCUCAUCGUCUAAAGAAUAAUCAGUCCAAGUUUUUCAGGGUUCUGAAUGGAUACACACUGCAACACAAGCUUCUUCUCACAGGAACCCCACUGCAGAACAACCUGGAGGAACUGUUUCACCUGCUCAAUUUCCUCACACCAGAGAGAUUUAACAACCUUGAGGGUUUCCUGGAGGAGUUUGCAGAUAUUGCUAAGGAAGAUCAGAUUAAGAAGCUUCAUGAUAUGCUGGGACCUCACAUGUUAAGAAGGCUGAAAGCUGAUGUUUUCAAAAAUAUGCCAUCAAAGACAGAGUUAAUCGUGCGUGUGGAGCUUAGUCCUAUGCAGAAAAAAUAUUACAAGUUCAUACUCACCAGAAACUUUGAGGCUCUUAAUACCCGUGGAGGUGGCAACCAGGUGUCUCUGCUCAAUGUGGUGAUGGACCUAAAGAAAUGCUGCAAUCAUCCUUACCUCUUUCCUGUAGCUGCUAUGGAAGCACCGAAGAUGCCCAAUGGGAUGUAUGAUGGUGGUGCCCUCAUCAAGGGAGCUGGAAAGCUAUUGCUUCUGCAGAAGAUGCUACGUAAGCUAAAGGAUGAUGGACACAGGGUGCUGAUCUUCUCUCAGAUGACAAAGAUGCUGGAUCUGUUAGAAGACUUUCUCGAACAUGAGGGCUAUAAGUAUGAACGAAUAGAUGGAGGUAUCACCGGAAACAUGCGUCAGGAGGCUAUUGAUCGCUUUAAUGCACCUGGAGCCCAGCAGUUUUGUUUCCUGCUGUCCACGCGUGCUGGAGGCCUGGGUAUUAAUCUUGCCACUGCAGACACUGUGAUUAUUUAUGAUUCUGACUGGAACCCUCAUAAUGACAUCCAGGCUUUUAGCAGAGCUCAUCGUAUUGGGCAAAACAAGAAAGUGAUGAUCUAUCGAUUUGUGACGCGUGCGUCUGUGGAGGAGAGGAUUACUCAAGUGGCAAAGAAGAAAAUGAUGCUCACUCAUUUGGUUGUGCGACCUGGUCUUGGCUCUAAGACUGGCUCUAUGUCCAAGCAGGAACUGGAUGAUAUUCUUAAAUUUGGUACAGAGGAACUUUUCAAGGAUGAGAUGGAGGGUGAGAUCAAGGAAGGCGAAGAUGGUAGUGUCAUCCAUUACGAUGACAAGGCUAUAGCUCGUCUGCUGGACAGAAACCAGGAUGAGAUUGAAGACACAGAGAUUCAAGGAAUGAAUGAGUAUCUGAGCUCCUUCAAAGUGGCCCAGUAUGUGGUCCGAGAAGAGGAGAUGGCAGAUGAAGAGGAGGUGGUCCGUGAAAUCAUUAAGCAGGAAGAGAGUGUGGACCCUGAUUACUGGGAGAAGCUUCUAAGGCACCAUUAUGAGCAGCAGCAAGAAGACCUUGCACGAAAUUUAGGCAAAGGCAAAAGAAUACGCAAACAGGUCAACUACAAUGAUGGCAGCCAGGAAGAUCGAGAUUGGCAGGAUGAUCAGUCUGAUAACCAAUCUGAUUACUCAGUGGCUUCGGAAGAAGGAGAUGAAGAUUUUGAUGAAAGAUCAGAAGCAGCACGUCGGCCCAACAGGAAAGGUUUGCGGAAUGACAAGGACAAGCCUCUACCUCCACUUCUGGCACGUGUGGGCGGCAAUAUUGAGGUUUUGGGCUUUAAUGCUAGACAGAGGAAAGCCUUCCUGAAUGCAAUCAUGCGUUAUGGAAUGCCCCCUCAGGAUGCCUUCACUACUCAGUGGCUUGUACGUGACCUUCGUGGCAAGUCAGAGAAGGAAUUCAAGGCUUAUGUGUCCCUAUUUAUGCGCCAUCUCUGCGAGCCAGGGGCUGAUGGAGCAGAGACCUUUGCUGAUGGUGUUCCCAGAGAAGGUCUGUCUCGCCAGCAUGUCUUAACCAGGAUUGGUGUAAUGUCUCUCAUACGUAAGAAGGUGCAAGAGUUUGAACAUGUGAAUGGGCGCUGGAGCAUGCCUGAGCUUGCUGAGGCAGAGGAGAAUAAAAAGCCAAUUCAGAUCGACUCUCCCUCCCCCAAAACACCAACUCCGUCUACCCCUGGAGACACACAGCCUAAUACACCAGCUCCAGUUGCAACAAAUGAGGAAGCACCGAAGAGCGAAGAAGUAGUGCCCAAGGAGGAAAGUACAGAGAAUGAUGUUAAGCCCCCUGAAGAGCGUAAUGAGGCAACUCCUCCUGUGACAGAGUCCCAGUCCCCCGUGGUGCCAACCGAAGAAAAGCCAGAGGAACCAGAGAACAAGGAGAAGCCCCCAACUUCUGAGCCUAUGGAGACUGAUCAGAAAGUUGAGAAAGUGGAACCAGAAAAAGUUGAUGAAGUAAUCACUUUAGAUGACAAGAAAGAUGAUGUGCAGGAAGUAGCUUUACAGAAUGGAGAGACUCCAAAAGAACCAACUGAGGAGAAAAUAAAGAGGGCAUCUGCAAUGGCUUCCAAACAGAGGUUCAUGUUUAACAUUGCGGACGGCGGUUUUACUGAGCUCCACUCCUUAUGGCAGAAUGAAGAGCGAGCUGCAACUGUUACCAAGAAGACUUAUGAAAUCUGGCACCGCAGACAUGACUACUGGCUCCUGUCUGGAAUCAUAAAUCAUGGAUAUGCACGUUGGCAAGACAUCCAGAAUGAUGUACGCUAUGCCAUACUCAAUGAACCCUUCAAGGGAGAGGUGAACAGAGGGAACUUUCUAGAAAUCAAGAACAAGUUCCUGGCUCGACGAUUUAAACUUUUGGAACAAGCACUUGUAAUAGAAGAACAGCUAAGACGAGCUGCAUACCUAAAUAUGUCUGAGGAUCCCUCCCACCCCUCCAUGGCACUGAACACCAGGUUUGCCGAAGUGGAAUGCUUGGCUGAAAGUCACCAGCAUCUCUCUAAAGAGUCCAUGGCAGGGAACAAACCAGCAAAUGCUGUUCUGCACAAAGUGUUGAAGCAAUUGGAAGAACUGCUGAGUGACAUGAAAGCAGACGUUACCAGACUCCCAGCCACCAUUGCCAGAAUUCCCCCAGUGGCUGUGCGGCUACAGAUGUCAGAGAGGAACAUCCUAAGCAGAUUAGCCAGCAGAGGAGGAGAACCACAGCCCCAGCCGCAGAUUGCUCAGCAAUAACAAGCCCCUCCUCUGGUCAGGAGGUCAGAGCGUCCACCCCCACCCCCGAAACAUUCCCAACUAGAAGCAGAGACCUGCGUAUGGCCACAGGACAUGCUACCAGAUCUACAUCCAGGGAAAAAACUCAGCAGAGCUGAACACCACCCCGGAACCAUGAGUGAGUGGUCCCAGUCACAGAGGAAUCCUGGACUUAAAUGGCCUCACUGUGACAGAUCACAUGGUGCUGCUACUGCUUCAUAAAAGGGGUUCACCCCUCACUUGGGGUUUAGGGCCACUUACCCCAAAGGCCAGAAACUUACCCUUUGUGCAGGAGCAAAUUGUAUCCUGAAUUCAGAAGGAAAUACUUUUGUUUUUGUCUUUUAAUUUUAUUUGCUCAAGUCCCCUCAAACUGCCUGAGUGGGGCAGGAGGGAUGUCAUCCAGGACAGACACCCUACCUCCAUCCUUUUUAAUACAGAACGCGUUGUCGUAUAAUAAAACACAAAAUACUAUUCUGAA